CAAGCUUCAGCUCACCAUACAUACUCAAAUCGAUCACGAACACCAUCCCUUGAAAAGCUUGCCUCUAAACAGAUCGACAUGUCUUUUCUCAAUCGAGUCGGCAUCGGUUCUACCAAGUCAUCUAGCUCCAAUAAGCCCAAUCAACCUGGGACCACCGCUCCACCAGCCUCUUCUACAGUAUCUCAACAACCCCCAACCUCUUCGGCUUCUUCUCAUCGAUCUCCCCCUUCACCAGCUGCCGCCACUUUUGAUCCUAACCAAUACGCUAGUGGACUUCCAAAUAGCUUAAGCAAUCUUUCCUUGACCGGCAAUGGCUCUCCUCAACGAGCUGUCACCUCUUGUGGUCCUAGUGGAAAAGCUCUCUAUUUGUGCAACCCAUUUGUUAAGGCGGCCCUCGUGAAAGGUAGUUUUCGGACCAUUGUCUCUUUACCGAGAUACUGUGACGUCAAUGAGUGGGUUGCAGUCAACUUGGUCGACUUUUUCAACUCGCUCAAUUUGUUUUUAUCCGUGACCCCCGAAUGUUGCACUGGAACUUCUUGCCCUACUAUGUCUGCCGGUCCAGGAAUGGAUUAUACUUGGACCAGUGCGACUAGCGGUACGAAAAAACAAGUCAAAGUUCCUGCUCCUCAAUAUAUUGAUUACGUGAUGACAUGGGCUGAGAAGCUAUUAGCAGACGAGGGUACCUUUCCGACCAAGGCUGGUCGUGAAUUCAACUCCAACACAUUUCCAUCUUGUGCUCGUCAUUUAUACACCCAAUUCCUGAGAAUCUUUGCUCACCUCUAUCAUGCUCAUUUUGAUCACUUUCUACACUUAUCUUCUGAGGGUCAUCUGAAUUCUCUCUUUGCCCACUUUUUGCAAUUUGGUGGGGAGUUUGACCUGAUUGAACCCAAGGAGUUACGCGCUCCCAAGGAAGGUGUUCCUUUUGUAGUAGGAGAUUUAUUAGACGCUUGGAAGACGAUGGGCAUCUUGUCUUGAUCUCACACUCUUUCCCUCAUUCUUUCUUUCCUUUCACACUUUCAUGCUUAACAGAGCCAUCCUUGAGUAUUUUUUCGCACGUACUAAUUUCUUUUCGGCUCACUCACUUAUACUCUUGUUUAUAUGAGGAGAGAUCUCAUUGGUUUGGUCCAUGCACGCUAAACAUAACGUGGGUGGACCCAUAUGCACUUUGACAUUUUCUUUGGUCAUGUUUGGUCAUAGAUGAAACAUGUUGACUUGAUUUGAAUUCCACAAACCAUGAGGCAAGAAUCCCUCGAAGAAAACAGUACAUGUGAUUAUGAUACAAUGGUACAGAAGAAUAUUGAUGGAGUUUGAGAUUUUUAUCCCAGAG